AUGGAGGGCUCUGGUGGGGGCAAAGCGGCGGAUGCGUGGUCUGCAGAGCCGCGACUCCCGCCGCUCUCACCGCCGGUCCCGCCACCGCACUACGCAUCGGCGGCAGGACGCCGCGCCGCCAAUGACGGCGGCGCAGUCAUACGCAGCCCCAUUGCGAUGACAUCCCCGCCGGCGUAUGCCGCAACCGCAACCGCCACCGCCGCUGCUGCUUCUUCUUCUCCGGCGGCGGGGCUGGCGGUGGAGGGCGCCUCCCCAAGCUCUACCACCACUGCCGCGGAGUAUGCGGAGAUCGAGCAGAAGCAGGUGGAGUUGCGGAGCGUGGUAGAACAUCGCAUUAUGACGCUCGAGCGAACACUGCAGCGUCGCGAGGAGGAGGUAGGGGCGCUGCGGAUGCAGCUACGUAAAACGGAAGAGGAUUAUCAAUUUAACUACGAGCUCAUCAAGGACCGUGAUGCGGCGCUGGAGGAGGCCGCGACACAGCUGCAGAUUUUGUACGACGAGUUGCUGCACCACAAGUCGGAGGGCUCGGCGGCCGCCAAACGGUUGGAGGGUGCUGAGCAGGAGAUCAACCAAUUGCGGCAGCAGCUUCGGGAGACGGAGGUGGAACGCGAGCAAACGCUGCAGGAUCUUCAGCGCAAGUAUCAGCUGAAGGAACGACAGUUGAAGGAUACGCUUGGGCGCAAGGAAACCUCUCUGGAGGCGGAGAAGCAGCGUCUGCACGAGGAAUACCUACAACGAUUUAAAGCACUCGAUGACAUCCAGGCAGAGACGGCGGGCAAGAGCAAGGAGCUUGCAGAGGAAUUAGAAAAGAAGUGGGGCCAACAAGUGAGGGUGCUGGAGGAGAAACUGAGUGCAUCCACCAAAGCGAUGGAUGCCACCCAAUGUGAGAAGGCGGCUUGCGAGUCUCGUUACGCGGAGGUGUCCCAGGCACUAUCGUUGUUGAAGCACGAGCAUGCGUCACUCCAAGAACAGCAUCAACUUGCCAUGGCAGAAGCUGGUGAAAAGCAAAGCGGCCUCGAGGCGAAAUUGAAUGAGUGCAGUGCCCUCAUGGGGCAAGGCAUUGCCACCGUGGAGGACAACAUUCGUCAGCAAACGCGACGAGCCACAAAGUUAGAGAUAGAGUGCGGUCAGCUGCAGUCGCAAGUGACAGAGUUGCAAGAGCGGCUGCAGGCGGCCCGAAUAGAACGGGAGAACGAGGCGAAACGCUUCAUGGAGGAAAGUCUUCAAUUGCAGGAAAACUAUCGUCAGGCGGGGAGGCAGAUGGAAGAGCAACGCCGGAGUUGGGCAGACACCGAGCGGCAACUGACGCAGCAGCUGCAGCGGCUGCAGGACGAACUGGACGAGGCACGGAGGCAAGGCGACGCGGCAAAGAGUCGUAUAGGCGAGCUGCAAACUCGCAUUGAGGCCUCCCAAAGAGAACGAGACCAGAGUGAGCAGGAAGUUGAGCGUCUGCGUCGGGAGCUUCAGCGCUGUCGUGAGGAGGAGCAGCGCACCGCAGCACAGGCGCAAGAAUCGCAGCGUGCUGCGGAAGAGAAGAUUCUUGGCGCCUCUCGUGAGGUGGCGGACGCAAAGGAGGAAGUGGAGCGACUGUCGAGGCGUCUCUUUGAGGCCCAGGAGCGGUCCCAGUCAGAGGCGGCGCGGCUUUCGCGGGAGUUGCACGCCAGCGAGGCGGCACGUGCAGCUCUGGAGGAGCACUUUCGUCUUGCAGAGGACGCCAACGGGCGGCGGGCACUUCUCGAGGGCCUGCGCCAUGAGAAGGAGGCACUGGAGCGCAAGGUGCUAGAGUUGGAGCACACAAAUGCGGCGAUUCGCGAACAGGUGGCCUCCUUCACCAUGGAGCUGCAAAACGACCCUGUGGUAAAGUCGGCGAAGGAGACGCAGCGUCGCGUGCAAGAGUUACAAGAGGAGUUAUUGCAGGCCCGGGACGACACCCAGCGUCUCCGCGACACACUCCGUGAGAAGGAGGAGGAGUUGUCGCGUUACCAGCUGGAGAUCCUGCGGGCGCGGUCCACAGAGACGGCGGCGCUGCAUCAGCGCGACCAGGAGGACCAGCGCCUUCGUGAGGAGUAUCAAAGUGUACGGAAGGCCUAUGAGCUUAUGCGAGAGACCCUCAAGGAGCAGCAGCAGCGUCAUCAGCAGCAGCAGCGACAGCGUGGUAGAGCAUCGCCCGGCAAGCUGGCGACAAAGGAUGAGGAGAGCGGCACGGAGGAAGCUGACAGGAAUGCUAGACACCGGCGUGGUGAAAAAGGGAAUCGGAGUGAGGCAGACAGAGAUACCGUCUCGAUGCGGGAGGCGGAGCUGUGGCGGCGGAAGUAUUUGCAGCUUGAGCAACACGUUCGUGAUGUUCUCCGGGAACGUGAUGGAUUGGCAAGGGAGUUGCAGCUCACGCGUCAGGACGUCGACGCACUAACAAGCGAGAAGCAAUCGCUCGUUGAUCUGAACUCCUUGUUGAAGGCCCAGCUGCGGGAGGCCUACCGAACAACCUUAGAGUACCCGCAACUGACGCCACCGCCACCGCCACCGCCACCGCCACCAGCAUCGCCGCCGCCACCACAAAGACAGCAGCGGCAACCAUGCAGUGCCCCCGUGCCUGGUGACGUCCAUUUGACGGCCGGGAGGACGGCGGUGCGAGGCUCGCCUCCGUCCAUGCCUUCGCUUGCUGUAGACGCUGUCUUCGCCGGUGGCUCGGCCCCGCAGCCUUCCGUCGACGCAGAGCGCCUUGCCGCCUUGGAAGGGGAGCUUGCGGCGAUGAAGGCACAUAUGCUGAGCCAGCGCCAAGGCGUUGUCACACGUGCCUCUCGAACGAGUGUAGGGGGCGCUGCCGCCAAGGAAGGCGAAACACGAGGGCCACUGAAACAACAACAACAACCACAGCGACGUGCGCCUCAGACCGCACCGAUGACUCGAUCUCUCAGCAGGGGCGGAGCGCCGGUGGUGCACCGAGGCUCCACCGUGGUGCGUCACUACGGCUACUCGUAG